UCACCCACAGCAACCAUGACUUUGAUCAGCGUCUUCAUCUGCACACUGGCCCUCUGGACUCAAGGAUCCAGAGGUCAGGUGACUGUGACUCAGACUCCUUCAGUGCAAACUGUUGAUCCAGGAAAAACAGUCACCUUCAACUGUAGAACCAGUAGCAGUGUGCAUGGUGGUAGCAAUCUACACUGGUACCUGCAGAAACCUGGAGAAGCUCCUAAACUCCUGAUCUACUUGGCUACUUACUUACAGUCAGGAACUCCAGCUCGUUUCAGUGGCAGUGGAUCUAAUACUGACUUCACUCUGACCAUCAGAGGAGUCCAGACUGAAGAUGCAGGAGAUUACUACUGUCAGAGUAAUGUAUCACUGUGGUGGACUUUUGGUGGAGGCUCCAAACUCGUGGUGAACACGGGUACCACAGCUCCCUCCGUGUCUCUGCUCCCUCCGUCCCCUCUGCAGCUGUCUGAGGGAUCGGCCUCGCUGCUCUGCCUGCUGUCUGGCUACUCUCCACAGGGGGCGCUGGUGAGCUGGACAGUGGACGGCUCACAGGUGAAGAACGAGGUUCUGACCAGCGCAGAAGAAGAGAAGAACGGCCGUUACAGCCGCAGCAGCACCCUGACCCUCAGCAAAGACCUCUGGGAAAAGGGGGAGGAGUUCAGCUGUAGGGUCUCCCAUAACAACGUCGAUCAUCCGGUCACGUUCAGAAAGAGUCAGUGUGAAGGCUAGUGGAUCCAAGAUAGAGUUUAACAUAGAGCUGCUUAUGAUCCAUCUACAAUAGAGUUUCAAUUCUACACAAUGCUGACAUUUCUGUCUUUACUCUCUUCACUGUCCUGUUGCUCUUCCUGUAGUUUUUGCUGAAAUAAAGCUGAGUUUUGGA